GGUCAUCGCACCGUACAUUCCUUGAACUGUGUCUUACAAAGCUCAGAGCGCUGCUUUAUAUGUACUCGAGUGCGAGUCUUCGGUCGACUUUGCUGCCUCUUUCUCGCCAUCCUUGCUUGUCGCUGCGUAGUUUCUCUCCUGUUCAACGGUGUCCUCGCUCUACUGUCUCUCCUGAGUCUCCUCUACCUAGACGCGGCAUGUCUGGACCAGAUGUUCCUGUUGCAACUCUAUCUGGUAAUGCGAGCGGGAACGCGGCAGAGCCGCAGCCUGCUCCUAUGCAAUGGAACUUCCCGACUUCUCCUAUGCCGCCUAAUCCUCUCGGAGAGGGUAGAUACAUCAAGACUGCGGCGGCUUUAGUUAUUGGUGACGAAAUCUUGAAUGGGAAAACUCUCGAUCGCAACUCGAAUUAUUUCGCCGGAUAUUGUUUCGAGAACGGCAUCAACCUGAAGCGCAUCGAAGUCAUUCCUGAUAACGAGGACGAUAUCAUCGAAGCCAGCCGGCGUUUGGUGCAGACUCACGACUUUGUUAUCACCUCCGGAGGAAUUGGACCCACCCACGACGACAUCACGUACGCAUCGCUAGCCAAGGCGUUCAACCAACCUCUCGCACAUCACGCGGAGACGCUGUCACGUAUGAUGAAAAUCAGCAAGCACCGCAUGGACAUCAUGAACCAGACCGCAGAGCAGCGCGAGGCUCGCGAACGCAUGGCACUCUUCCCAGCAAACGCGGAAGUAUUGUUCAUCGCGCCGGAUGUUUGGGUGCCCGUCGUCCGCCUAGAGGGCAAACUCUGCGUAUUCCCAGGCAUCCCGAAACUCUUCCAGCGGAUGCUCGAAGGAUUGGUACCGUACCUCCCACUGCCUCCUCCUAGCGAGCGACCAUUGCGGCUGCAGGUGUUCACAAGCUUGCCGGAGUCGUCCAUCGCACCGUACCUCACCGAGCUGCAGGCGCGCACGAAGGCCGAUGGUAUCCAGGUCGGGUCGUAUCCGCUGCUCAUGCGCGGCGUCUAUGUGGCCCUCAUCGGGCGCGGCGAGCAGGCUUUGCGCGCGCUGGCGGAGGAGGUGGCGGAGAAGCUGGAGGGACGCGUGCUCACGGAGGAGGAGGUGGCGAAGGAGAAGGCUGCGCUCUAGGCAUGUUCUUGUGUUUCGAGCUGCGAAACAGAUAC